AAAAAGCGGGAGUCGGAGCUGGAAAGCAACAGACCGCACAUACGUGACCGCGCACACGCGUCCACACAUCCAUAGGACUCCAUAUGGGGGGGGUGGAGAUGCUGCACGGCUCCGCAGGUGUCCACGCGGCGAGGACGCUGAAAAACGCCGCCGCGUGCUUGAUGCUGCUGCCGCGCUUCCUGGUGGCCGCCGUGAUGCUGUGGUUCCUGGAUUUCCUGUGCAUCCGGAGGAAGGUCCUUGUGAAGAUGCGCGAGGCGAGUCCCGACGACCCGCCGCUCUGCGUGUCCGACUCCAACAAGAUGUUCACGCUCGAGUCGUUGCGCGCCGUGUGGUACGGGCAAAAACUGGACUUUUUCAAGACGGCGCACGUCGGGGGCGCAGCGCCCAACACCGAAGUGGUCUCGCUGGGUGACACCGAGCGGGCGCAACGCAUUCUGGACUACGCCCGCGGCCGGAGACCGCUCAUCCUCAACUUCGGGAGCUGCUCCUGACCGCCGUUCAUGACGCGCCUGUCGGCGUACCAGCGCGUCGUCCGCCAGUACGCGGACAUCGCGGACUCGCUGCUGGUGUACAUCGAGGAAGCGCAUCCGUCAGACGGUUGGGUGAGCUCCGACGCGCCCUACCAGAUUCCCCGGCACCGCUGCCUGGAGGACAGACUUCGCGCCGCGCAGCUUCUGGAGGUGCCGGGGAGCGCCGUGGUUGUGGACACUAUGGACAACUCGUCCAACUCGGCGUACGGCGCGUACUUUGAGCGCCUUUACAUACUGAAGGACCAGAAGGUCGUGUAUCAGGGCGGCAGGGGUCCGGAGGGCUACCGAAUAUCGGAGCUCAAAGACUGGCUGGAACGAUACCGGCGCGACAUUGAAGGUUCUAGAGCGGUCGUGGUUCACGUUUAAGAUGCUUGGAUGUUUCUUUAUCCAACCCACACUUGUGUCCUUAUAAUGAAGUCUAUGGCUGUGUUUCAAAUCAUAGUGAAAGUCUGCUCUCUCUUUCUCUUUCUCUUUCUCUCUCUCUCUCUCUGGUUCUUGAGAGAUCUCAGAAAGUUCUUGAUGUUAAGUUGUUCAGAUCAGUGUUUUACUCUUUGGGUUUUUUUUAACCUUAUAACAAAGUCACUGGCUGCUUUCAAACCGGCUGUCUACACUACAUAAAUGUAAAUAAAUGUAAAUGUGAAUCCAGACUUUUGGAGCUCACAGCAUACGGUUUAAUACAGAUGAAUACAGCUUUCAAUCAAUUCACCAUCACCAGUUUUUUAAAGAAUAGGACACAGGACUUCUUUGGGAGAGAUACAUGGUCUCAUUGUUCUACAUUAAGAUGUUUUUUGCAUCUCCACUUUUAAAAUGUGUUUUUAUAAUCAAUUCAUUUGCUAGUAAAUCUCUGCACUCUUCAGCUGGCUUUAAUGUUUACUCAUAAAACCAACAAUGUACUUCAAGCGACUGCAUUAGGGUGCAUCGGUAAAAGUAAACAUUCAAGGGCCAGAUGAGUUAAAAACAGCUGCUCAUGUUGACUCUUACCCAUUGUGCGAUGUUAAUCUGCGCUAAAUUGCUACAAACUGCUUUGGAGAUCAAAAUGAUGUUGAUGUUUUGGUACAGGUUCUUCAGAUUAUAUUCUUCUAAUGGAUUUCAACCGGGAGAAGUUUCAGUGGAAAAGAUCAAACUGAAUUGAUUUACAUUUUAAUGACAUUUCUAACUAUUUGAAUGACUAUUAACUAAUGCUCUUAAAGAAAAACCUUUUAAAGUCUAGUAACCAAAAUAUAUGUUUUAUAUAAAGAGCUCAGAUGCAAAACCCUCUUAAGUGCAUCUGACAUGUUGAGCAUUUUUUUUUAUCAGACUCUUAAUGUGUUUUGCCAACAAAGCGAUAUUUCUGUAUGGCCUGAGGCCGGGAUUAAGCAGAUUUGAAGUGAAAGUAUUUGAUAAACAUCUCAUUUAGACAGAGGUGGCAUUUUGAAUCUGAGCUUUUCCAACAUUUAUUUGCACAAGUAUAUAUAUAUAUUUAUCAUUUUGGUAUCUGGAAACAUAAGAGUGCAGACAACAUUUUUAGGCCAAUAUGUUCACUAGGUUUGGAAACACAGCCAUCAAAUCAAUGUCUUCAUCUGCUGCUAUAGACUGUCAAUUGCAAUACUGCACAUGUUGGGCUUUAGUUUCACGCAUAUACAGAUGUUUAUGUUGUCAGUGGCCAUGCGACCGCAUGAUAGCUGUUGUGCUUUUGUUGUGUCAAUCCAACAUUUUAUGGCAUUUUAUUUGGAUUAUUGCAAAAUCUUACAUCUAUCUGAAACAUAUCCUAUUUGAUUGACUAUUUUAUUUUUGUAUGGUAUCUUUACCCUGUAUGUAUGUAUGAUUGUGCGCGCGCGUGUAUGUGUGUGUGGCCAGGAGGCUGUUUCAUUGUACUCUGGAGUUAUUGUGAAGAUCGGUUUUUAAAAGGAUUUUAACCAGAAAACCGAUACUGAUGUAUUUUGACACUAGAGUACAGGACAGAUAAAUGGCCUCUAGACGUGUUGCCAAAUGUUGUUUUGUAAAUGGUGUAUAUUUUAUUAAACAGUUUUUUAAAUAAACGGUAGAGAUCCCUCUUAA